AUGGCGGCUAGGUCGUCGGCCCUCCUCGCCGUGCUGGCGGUGGCGGUCGCCGCCGUGAGCGUCCUCCUCACGGGGGCCAAGGCCGACUUCGACGACCAGUUCGAGGCGAUCGGCGACCGCGACCACAUCGGGUACCGGGACGACGGCAAGGAAAAGGGCCAGGAGUUCUCGCUGGAGCUCGACCAGGAGUCCGGCUCCGGCUUCAAGUCCAAGGCCAAGUACCUCUUCGGCGAGUUCGAGGUCAAGAUGAAGCUCGUCGACGGCAACUCCGCCGGCACAGUCACCUCCUUCUACCUGACCUCCGGCGAGAGCGCGACCCACGACGAGAUCGACAUCGAGUUCAUGGGCAACUCCAGCGGCGACCCCUACGUGAUGAACACCAACGUGUGGGCCAGCGGCGACGGCAAGAAGGAGCACCAGUUCUACCUCUGGUUCGACCCCUCCGCCGACUUCCACACCUACAAGAUCACCUGGAACCCCAAGAACAUCAUCUUCGAGGUCGACGGCGUGCCCGUGCGCACCUUCAAGAAGUACGACGGCCUGCCCUUCCCCUCCAGCCGCCCCAUGACGGUGCACGCCACGCUGUGGGACGGCAGCUACUGGGCGACGCAGCACGGCACCGUCAAGAUCCACUGGCGCCACGACCCCUUCGUCGUCCCCUACAAGGCCUACCACGCCAACGGCUGCGUCCACGACAAGGCCACCAACAAGACCUCCUGCCCCGCCGGCAGCGACGCCUGGAUGCGCCGCGAGCUCGGCGAGGAGGAGCUCAAGACCGUCGCCUGGGCCGAGCGCAACUGCCUCUCCUACAACUACUGCGCCGACGGCUGGAGGUUCCCCAAGGGAUUCCCCGGCGAGUGCGGACGCGACCUAUGA